AUGAUCUUUAACCGGAUUACAUUCCUGAAUCGAUACAAAACAGUAGGCAACGAGUUCUUGGAACAUUCUGAAUGGAUCCGUAAACUUCGAACACCAUCCUUGAUUGGAAUUGCUUCUGUCCUAACGAUGCCCUUCGGUACAUUCAUUAUCACUCCAUAUGUUGUGAUGAACAUUUCUGGACCUUCAGCUUUACUCUCAUUGUUAAUUGCCUUUAUUAUUAUGAUCAUAUCCGGUUAG